GGGUGGUCGGCUGCCGUGGCUGCUUCUACAGGCUCCGGCUCCAUAAAGUCAAGCUGAACCUUUACACCCCCUGAUCUAGAUGUAAAUGGCAGCAAAUGAUGUUCGUGGUAAACAAUGCAGUUCUGUCACUUUACGUUUUGUGCUUUUAUUUUGAAGAGCACCCCCUCUUCUUCUACUACUUCCUGUUCUUCUGCUGUUGUAAAGGUUAAACGUUCUGCUCCCGGCUCAUCAUAACGACAUGCUCGUGUUGCUCCAGAGUUGGUAAAACAUGCAAAUAUGUUAUUUAUUUGUCAUAUUCCACAUGGAAACUUGUGAAAGGGUAUUUUACAGUGGUUCGCUUCAUAUUUGUGCCGUUUGUAUGUCAUGUUUAAGGGACAUCGCAGUGAAGUGUGGAAGAUAGGCUGGGCUGAGCUCAAACUUAGCGCCCUUGGAAGCAGAAGGAGUUUUCACGGUGUCAUAAUGCGAGGUGAAAGAAGGAGAGGAUUAAAGUUGCACCAGUCGAAGCUCUCUGCAUCUUGCGUGGUUAUUCCAAGUGGGCCGCUACAGUGGAAACUCCUUGGCCGCAACAGAUCUGCCAUCCCUGCAGAGAAGCUGACGCCAUCUCAUCUGAGAUCCAACCAACCUGUUCCCAGUCACCUAACUUUGCUCGCACUCACAUCCAUCACAGGCAAGAUCAACACUGGAGCAAAGGAACUAUUUACGCUCAACCAAGCUUGCAGCGUAAUUUAUGUGCCUUAAACACCAACAUAAUAUGUUGAGGUCAAAAUAAUUUGUGAGCUGGUUGCCAACACAUAAUAACUCUGAAAUUGAUGAAUAUUUCAAGAUCGAUGGCACGUGGAAUAAUAAUUCAUGACAUGUCUGUUUAUGAAAGGGUUUAAAAGGUGAAGCUCUUUAACUAUUAAUAUAGAGUGCUCAUUUAUGACAUUUUGUGGUUACUGUUUUAUGCUAAAAAUCCUUUUGAAUGUCCAUAAUCUGUAAAUGCUUGAUGAAUAUUACUCUGUGGUAAAGGAUAACUACAGCUUAUAGGUGUGAAUUUGAGCAUAGGACAAUCAAAAGCCACGCUAUACUCAAAGCAGUUACAUAAACAAACAAGAUGUCACUCCCAACAGAGGAAACAGACAAUCCCACAGACACGCCACUCAAGUCUAGCUCACGUGAGAGAAAGCUAACAGAGAAAGGCCAAGAGAUGCAUGACCAAGACGUCAAAAACAUGAAAAAACAUUUAAAAAAGCCUAUAAUGCUUGGAAGCUAGUAGCAAGGGAGACAAGGACAAAAUUAAAAACCCUUUGCUCAUUAGAAGACCUCAACAAAUUACACGAAGACAUUCAGGCAAAGUAUGGUGCUGUAAAACUACAGUAUGAGUCUAUUCUACGUAACAGCGACACAACGCCAGAGAUUGUCAAAAAAAUGGAUGCCUGUGGUAUGCUGACAAAGGAAAUUUGUGAUCUCAUAAGCAACCGUCUAGAGACUAUUGAUGAAGAUUAUAAUGAUCAACUUGAAAAGGAAAGAGUAAGAGAAAUAUUAAACAAAAAUGAAUAUGGGUCUGUCUUUGGUCUAACUAAAACUGAAACUGUAAGUUCAUUUGAGUCAUUAGAAAAAUCAAGCAAACACUCAGCCAGUACCCACAGCGGUAGAGUAGAUGCAGAAGCAGAGCUUGCUGCUAAGUUGGAGCAAUCAAAGGCCAUGGAAGAAAUUCAAGCACAACAAGCACAUCUUCACAAGUUAGAAAGUGAAUGGAAACAAAGAGGCAAAAAUGUUGUCAGAAAUGAAACAAAGAGAGGUGAAAAUGCAACAACAGUUGGAACAAGAGAGAGCAAAACUGCAACUGUUACAAGCAGAAAAAGAGGUCGCUAUAGCAGCAGCUCGUGUGAGAGCAUAUGACAGUUUUGAAGAUUUUGAGAGCCACAAUGAAGAAAUUGAGAACAAAACUAGCUCUGCUUAUCACAGAAUACAAAUUGAACCUCCAUUGAAUCCAGAUGCUGCUUCAUUCCAACCUCACCAGGUAGCUCCUGAAAAGACAGUGACCCAGGAGUAUGUCAGUUUAGCUCAAGCAAUCGCCAGCUCAUUAAGUAUGAAUCGCUUGCCAGUCCCUGAACCCACCACCUUUAGUGGUGACCCUUUAAGAUUUACUGAUUGGAAGAUGUCCUUCAUGACUCUAAUUGACAGAAAACCACUCCCAGCGAGUGAGAAGAUGUUUUAUCUCAAAAAUUAUCUUGCUGGAGAGGCGCGCAAAGCUGUAGAAGGUUUCUUUUAUCGAGAUUCAGAGAAUGCAUACAACGGAGCAUGGAAAGUUUUACAAGACAGAUAUGGGAACCCAUUCAUCAUACAGAAAGCUUUCCGUGACAAGCUCAUGAAAUGGCCAAAGAUCAGCACAAACGACCCGCUAGCACUACGAGAAUUCGCCGACUUUCUCCAAAGCUGCACUGAAGCAACUCCAUAUGUCAAAGGACUAGCUAUCCUUAACGAUUGUGAGGAAAACCACAAAUUGCUCAAAAAACUGCCAGAAUGGAUCGUCCGAAAGUGGAGUCGAAUUGUUGUGGAUGAACUUGACACAUCUGGAAACUAUCCAGAUCUUGCAUGCUUCACAGAGUUCUUGAGCAAAGAAGCACGGAUAGCUUGUAAUCCUAUUACUUCUCCACUGUUGAUAAAUUUCAAACCUGUAGAUGAUAGAAUCCCAAAGAGAGUCAAAGCCUUCAACACAAACAUACAACCAAAGAGUUUCACUCAGGAGAAACGAGACAAACAGCAGUAAACCAAAAUCACCUUUUUCUGUCUGUAAAAGUGAAGCUCAUGGCAUCACAAAGUGUCCCACUUUCACAGCAAAGAGUGUUGAAGAUAAAAAGGCAUUCAUACAUGAAAAUCGACUCUGCUUUGGAUGCUUGAGAAAAGGUCAUAUGACCAAGGAUUGUAAGAGACGACACACGUGCAACAUAUGCAGCCGUCGUCACCCAACCUGCUUACACGAAGACAGGAAGCAAAACCCUGUGGAAGCAACAAUAAACAGCUUUACUUCCACAGAAGAACGUGCAAGUCAGGAAACACACAAUGUUGUGUCCCAUACAUUAACACAACACGCUUCUGCUACCUCAAGUAUCGUCCCAGUUUUUGUGUCUUCAGUACAAGAACCACACAGAGAAAUACUUACAUAUGCAAUACUGGACACGCAGAGUGACUCAACAUUUGUGUUAGAAG